GCGGCGGCGGGUGCGGCGGGGUCGGUCCAGCGGCACGGCCGGGCUCGCUCCGUCGCAGGCCCCACUCGUCCGCACCCUGCUCCGGCCUGGACCGCGGCGGCGGCCCCGCGCGGCGACAGGAAGAGAUGAGCGGCAACAGCAGCAAGAGAGCCCCGACGACUGCCACACAGCGGCUGAAACAGGACUACCUGCGGAUCAAAAAAGACCCAGUGCCUUACGUCUGUGCCGAGCCCCUCCCCUCCAACAUCCUGGAAUGGCACUAUGUCGUCCGAGGUCCUGAGAUGACCCCUUAUGAAGGUGGCUAUUAUCAUGGGAAACUGAUUUUCCCCAGAGAAUUUCCUUUCAAACCUCCUAGUAUUUACAUGAUAACUCCCAAUGGAAGGUUCAAGUGCAACACGAGGCUAUGUCUUUCCAUCACGGACUUCCACCCGGACACGUGGAACCCAGCCUGGUCCGUGUCCACCAUCCUGACCGGGCUCCUGAGCUUCAUGGUGGAGAAGGGCCCCACUUUGGGCAGUGUGGAGACCUCAGACUUUACGAAGAGACAGCUGGCCGUGCAGAGCCUAGCGUUUAACUUGAAAGACAAAGUCUUCUGUGAGUUGUUCCCCGAUGUUGUAGAGGAAAUGAAGCAGAAAGCACAGGACCGCCUGAGCAGGACCCAGAGCCUGCCCCUGCCGGACGUGGUUCCAGAUGGGGACUUACACCACGGUCAGAAUGGGAUGCCACUUCUCAACGGGCAUGCGCCGGGGGCUGGCCCCCACCUGGCAGGGCUGCAGCAGGCCCACCGACACCAUGGACUCCUGGGCGGUGCCCUGGCGAACUUGUUUGUCAUCGUUGGGUUCGCUGCCUUUGCCUACACGGUCAAGUACGUGUUGAGGAGCAUCGCGCAGGAAUGAGGGUUCCCCGAGCCGUGGCCACCAGGGGCAGUUCCCCCAAGGGACGCCAGGUGUUGGAGUGUGAAAGCAGGGCCGGGCAUGCAGCUGGCACUGGCAGACUUGCUGGGAUCCUGGGUUUAGCUUUUUAAAAACUUUAAAAGAAAAAGCAAAAACCAAAAUGUGUAAUUUGAUUUGGAGUUGGUAUAAGGCUCUUGGCUCCCUGUGCACUCCCAGGCUGGGAGCGGUGCCAGUCAGGGCCACCAGGCCACAGUCCCUUGGCUUGUCUUGGGCCUGCGUCCAUUGCCUGAGAGCGGUCACUUAUAAAUAUAAAGCUUGGUGCCCAUCA